AUGAAGAUGCUCGGUACGGUUAGGAUAUCUCUACAAGGCAAGUGGAUCCGCCCCGCUCUAGAUGCAGCAAAAGCUCGAAUGGACGAAGCUCCGCGUGGAUCCUGGGAGUUAGUCGCAGCUUUAGAUGUGCCGACGGACUGGGAGAAAUUACAGGAUGCUCACAAACGUGCCCAAAAGAAGCUUCCUCCUCACCUAAAAACGGACGCGUCCUCAGAGGUGAUGAUCCCGAAGCCAUUCAGUUGUGCCAUGAUCUUGCCCCGCUUCGACGCUGGACAGGAGAGCAAGUAUUACAUCGCCAGACAUUCCAAGUCCCUGCAACUGUAG